UUUUGUCACCAUGGCAACAACUUCCCGUGCUUCCCCAGAAACCUUCAGAGAAAGACAGAUUAUUUUUGAGCGCUUGUAUACCCCGCUGAUUUCCUGUUUACUAAAUAUCCAUACUAACCAAGGCUCAAAGACCGCCAGCAUCUAAGGGCAAGAUGAAGAAAAGCAAGGCCCCCUCCUCCAGGAGAGCUGAAAUCCAACAUCUGCACCAAUGCUACGCCUUGGGCCAGACGACUUUGCCCGCCUGCGCCCUCCUCAGGUUCCUCCACAAGGAGCAGAUGGAGCUCACAGCAAAUGAGGAGACGGCAGAGGGUCUGAUUGAUAGAUAUGAGAUUGAAGAGACAGCCAGAGAAAACAGGUCCAUGACGUUUGAAGGCUUCCUCAGGUACAUGGAGUCCAAAGACUGCUGCGUGUUCGACCGGGCCCACGCGUCAGUGUACCAAGACAUGGACCAGCCUCUCAGCAGCUACUUCAUCUCCUCAUCACACAACACCUACCUGACCGGAGAUCAGCUAGUGGGAAAGAGCCACCUGGAUGCCUACGUGUGUGCUCUGAGGAAAGGCUGCCGCUGCCUGGAGAUUGACUGCUGGGAUGGGCCCGAUAUGGAGCCUGUAGUCUACCAUGGCUACACCCUGACCACCAAGAUACUCUUUAAGGAUGUCAUCACCACUGUGGCGCAACACGCCUUUGAGGUGUCUGCCUACCCCGUGAUCCUGUCACUGGAAAACCAUUGCUCCCAGGAGCAGCAGGAGGUCAUGGCCCACCACCUCGUCUCUGUCCUCGGGGACAAGCUGCUGAGAACUCCCUUGGCUCACCCAACCUCUGGAGACCUCCCAAGCCCGAAUGACCUGAAGUAUAAGAUCCUCAUCAAGAAUAAAAAGCUAAAGCCAAAGACAGAGGCAGAGGAGAGUGUAGAUGAGGGCGAGGAGGAGGAGGAGGAGGAGGACGAUGAGGAGGAAGAAGAUCAGCAGCCCAAAGCAAAGUUCUGGUCUCCGAGAAAGGCAGGGUCAAAGAUGAAAAAGGAGAAGAAGAAGGUGGCGGUGGCCGAGGUCUUAUCUAACCUGGUCGUGUACACCAAGUCUGUCAAGUUCGUCAGCUUCGCUCACUCCAAGGACAACCAGCACGCCUAUGAAAACACAUCCAUGGCGGAGAAGAAAGCUCGAAAGCUGGCCAAAGCCUCAGGUGCAGAUUUUGUUCUGCACAACCAGAGGUUCCUCAGCAGGAUUUACCCGGCAGGCUCGAGGACGUCUUCGUCCAACUACAACCCUCAGGAGUUCUGGAACGUCGGCUCACAGCUCGUGGCUCUCAAUUUCCAGUCCCUUGGCUUUCCUAUGGACCUUAAUGACGGCCGUUUCCAGGACAACGGGGGCUGCGGAUACGUCCUGAAGCCGGCGGUGCUCAGGUCCGAUCAGGGGAGCUUUGAUCCCACCUGCAGCCAGCAUGGUCUCAGACCCACACACCUGCUGCUCAAGGUGAUCAGCGGGUCCAACUUACCUGUCCCCAGGAGCGGCAAAGCACUGGACCCCUUCGUCAGAGUGGAGCUUCAAGGGAUUCCAUCUGACUCAUGCCGAAAGAACACACACACGGUCAAAAACAACUCUCUGAGUCCUCACUGGGAUGCUGACAUGAACUUCACCAUUGGCGUCCCGGAGCUCUGCCUAAUCCGCUUCUGUGCGCGAGACCAGACCGGCCUCCUCAGCAGUGAGUUCGUGGGCCAGUACACCCUGCCCUUCACCAGCCUGAAGAGAGGCUACCGCUGGGUUCCUCUGCGGUCCCGAGACGGAUGCAGCCUGGAUCCAGCCUCCCUCUUCGUCUUUGUUUGGUAUUCCUAAAAACAGCUCUCCAUAUCAGACUCACACACACACACACACACACACACACACACACACACACACACAGACACACACACACCUCGCCAACAGAUAGAAAAGCGUGGCUGAUGCAGCAACAACAACAACAAAAAUAUAUAAAUAAAUCAAAAGCACCAUUUCCUCAGAUAUAAAUACCAGUUUUAUUGUCAGAAAAUAGACGUGCCUUUCCCUUUUCUCUGCUGCCUGCACUCUGUGCUGCAGAGGAAAAAGACCAGAAGGUUCCAGCAGGGCUGCAAAGACAGAAUAACUCUCUGCUGGAGGAAUCCCUGGAGUGGGAUAUUAGAUUCUUAUCAUAGGAUUAAUAUUUGAUGCAAGUGCAAUUAUUGUGGUAGAGCCGAGCACACAUUAGAAGAUCUCACCCGACCACGAGACACAGUGUUGUUUUUGGAUUAAUCAUCUAUUCCAAAACAAUAGAUACACCCGCCCGCCCCCAUUAGGUCUGAAACUGGUGAGUGAUGCUAGGAUAUAUUAAUACUCCAUGCAUACUACUAUGAAAGAAUAGCAGCCAGCAUUUUCUUCCAGGCCUACAUCACUGUGAUCCCAGCAGGGGAUAAUAUAAAUAGCAUUCACGGAGGUAUACAUUAUUGAACCAAAUCCAGUGUGGCGAGGGCUAUUUCUAACCUCCUUCAUCACUAAAUCCUGUGAAUGAGGCAGAGGAGAGUGCGGGUCAGCAGGCCUGUCAGGAGGAGGAGGAUGGCAUUAAGAUAACAUGAAGACCUGUCUUAGCCUAGAAAGUGUGUGCGUGUGUGUGUGUUCGAGUGAGGAGGCGGUUUUUCAGGGGUAUUUGUGUGAGCACGUGAGCGUCCUGCCAUUUGCGUGUUUGUGCAUGCGUGUGCAUAACUGUGUUUGAAUGCCACUGAUGGAUGAGACAAAGGAUGCAGCGAGGGGGAGAGUUUUAACUCUGGGGGCCCCCCUCAGGCCAGAGAGGCUGGAGAGAGAGAGAGGGAGAGAGAGAGAGAGAGAGACAGAGAAAGAGAAAGAGAGAGAGAGAGAAGGGUGGGUGGGUGGGAAGGUGGGAAACAGCACAAGAGAAGAUGGAAGAGAAGGAAGAGGGGAGAUGAUGCAGUCCCGAGAGCUCGACUCGACUGCCUAAUAACUUAACACUAGAAAAUAACAUACAGAUUCCACGCACAGUGCAUCUUAAAUAGGUUACGUGAAGAACCAUUUACCAUAAAUAUCUGUAUUUUCGGGAACCAACAUAUAUAAAAAAAAAAAAAA